AUGGGCGGCCGGCAAGAAGCCUUCCGCUCCCUCGGUCCCAUCGAUUGGGAAGAUGUGCCCCAUCAUGAACUUGGAGCCUUCCUGGACGAGGUGGUGACAGAAGCUCACAUCACUGCCGACUCCAUCCCAUCCGCGACGUCAUCGUCCGCAACAUCCGAAGGCCCAGAGUCUAAAUCGACAGAGCCCAAUGCUCCAAAGCCCAACUUGGGCCAGUUUUCAGAUAGGACCUCUCGGCUUCAAUGGCCUACACAAGAAGCCAUCGAAAAAUCACGCGAGUUGCAAAGCGAUUGGAAGGAGAUCAAGGUCAAUGCGCGCGAGAAUCCUCUGAAUGUCCAGGUCUACAAGCUGGCAUCCAAGGAUGGACGUGGCGCCUGGUUUGCUCGCCGGAGCACUCACCAAGACUUGACCUUUGAGCAGUGGCGCGACGCUCUGGACAACGAGUUUAUAGAAAGCAUCAAGGUCCAGAAAGGCCCAGGAAGCGGCGCCAUACGCGGCAUCGGAGCUGACAGGAGGGUUGAGCAUCGUAACGUGCCGAAUGCCGGGAAUGUAAAUGUUUUCCAACUGUCUGCCCAAUUCCCAGGACCUACGGCACCGCGAGAUUUCAUCACCCUUCUUCUUACUUCCGAGCGUUCUACAACUGCAUAUAACUUUCCCCGCCCCCUGAGGCAGUACAUCAUCGUAUCGAAACCAUGCACUCAUAACGAUGCCCGUCCGCGCCAAGGUAUCAUCCGGGGCCAAUACGAAUCUAUCGAACUGAUUAGGGAGGUCCCGACUAUAAACCCGUCCGAUAAAAACUCGCUUUCGACGCCGAAUCUACUUCAGGGGAAACAACCAGGGCCAGAUCCCGAUCUCAAGAGCUCUGCCUCCGAUGCCGGGAACGACAAGAGCGAGCCUCCGGUUGCUAUAGAGUGGCUCAUGGUGACUAGGAGCGACCCUGGUGGCUCGGUACCGCGCUUCAUGAUUGAAAAAGGAACACCGCCGGGGAUUGUUAACGAUGCUGGGAAGUUUCUAACCUGGGCACGCCGCAGAUCAGGCAAUAAACCGGAUGAAGCACCAGCGGCUAAGCAAGACACCGCUACUGCUACUGCCGCGCCCGCUGCUCCUAAAGUUUCUUCUCAUGAUGCCAAGAAUACCACGACCAAAAUAGACGAGGAGCAAACUGCUGCAGCUGUUGAGCAAGAGGAUGAAUCCUGGGGCCUUUGGGGGAUGGUCACUGGCGCCUUCGGGGCUGCCAGCUCAGUCGUUUCCGGCGGCUUGAAGUGGCAGUUUUCCGGGGCCGAGGAGGAAGAAGACAAGGAUGAUUCCGAAAGCGAAUCCCUCACCAGCAGUGAAACUUCGUCUAUAAACAGCUUCGCAUCGGCCUUGGAGGGCAGUCAAGCGUCAUACCAGGGCUCCAAGAGCCAACCGAUAUCCGUCUCCGACAUGAGAUCCGAGGGCAAGCUCAAGGAGCACAACAGCAACCAACACAAGGAGCUCAGGCGGCUAGAGGAGCGCCUCCAGAGACUAGACGCAAAGGUAGCCAAGAUAGCCGAGGAGCGGGAGGGCAAGCUUCUAGUUGGCAAGGAGAAGGAGGCCGCUGCGCUGGCAAAGUCCCGGGAGAAGCACGAAAGGGAGAUUGCCAAACAAGAAGCCAAGUACAGAAACCAGGUGAAGAAACUUGAGCAGAGGCGAGAGCAGGCCGAGCGCAAGGCCGAGCAGCGUAGGAAGAAGGCGGAAGAGCGUGAACGGGCCAACGACCUCAAGCUUAUGCUCAAUAAGGCUAGGGCCGAGCGCGAUAUCGCCCUGAAGAAGGUGCAGCUUCUCGAAACGCGAGUUGGCGAAUUGCAGACUGAAAACACAAGGCUUAAGGCUGGCGGAAAAUUUGGUGGAGAGAGCGACAGUUCGUCGUCAAACCUGACGGGUAAACGGUCGGCCAAGUCUUAA